GAACAAUGGGCAACCAAAUGAGCGUCCCACUAAGAACCGAAGUCCAGGAGAAGGAACCGGAAGCAAACGCUUACAAGGUGAUAUCAGACAAUGGGUGUGUUCAGAAUGGGAGCCCAGUGACGGUGUCCACUCACGUGGUUCAACACUAUGAUGAAGUCGAUUUGGGAAUAAGCAUCUCCACGGAUAAUGUGGCUACUUCUUCCCCCAAGACAAUGGAGGCCCAAGCUGCGGCCGAUGCCAGCGGAAAGAAUCUUGGGAAAGAAGCCAAGCCCGAGGCACCAGCUGCUAGAUCUCGUUUUUUCUUGACACUCUCUCGGCCUGUACCAGGACGUCCCGGGGACCAAGGCUCGGAUUCAUCGGCUGCAUCGGGCCGGCUUGAUGUCAGCCCGGGCACAGCGCCUGCGAACAAAGACCCAAGUGAGCACGGGGCACUUCCGGUGGCAGCUGCACCCGGGCCGGCUGCAGAUAAAACCAGGCCAGGGUGCACUGAGGCCAAGCAGCAGGCCCUCCCUGCCACCUGCCCGCCCGCACCUUCACCACCUGAGUCCCGGGCAGAAGGCCCCUCCAAGCCGAAAGACUUCAGCUUUUUCGACAGAUUGUUUAAACUAGACAGGGGAAGAGAAAGCACACCAGUUGACGGCCAGCCUGAAGAAGCCCAGGGGGUGAGAGACCAAGACCAGGGCGCCGAGGCUCCUGCUUUGCCAGGGAAUCCCCAUGGUGUCCCUGCUGGCGAGGACAUAAUCGACAGCGAGGGGAAAGGACAAGAAGUUGACAAUCUGAGUUAUUCUGUCCCUGGGGAUCCAGAGGUGCUGGGGACCAAGAAGGAGGACCCCCAGGAGGUAGAUACCACAGAGAGUAGUAACUCCAUCAUGAGCUUCUUCAAGACCCUCGUUUCGCCUAACAAAGCUGAAACAAAAAAGGAUCCAGAAGACACGAAGGCAACCAAGGCAGACAAUGUCUGCGACGGACACGCUGGCCAGAAGACGUUGGAGACGCAGGCUAAGAGCAAGAAGAAACGCCUGGACAGCCCCAGGCUAGGACUCACCUUUAGAAAGUUCUUUAGGCAUAAGGAGACUGAAAACUCACCCAGUACUUCAGCCAACCUCAAGUCAGAUAAAGCCAACUUCACGCCCCAAGAGCCUCAAGGGGCGACCAAGAGUUCGAAAGGCUGCAGCCCACCAAGUCAUGCGCCUCCUGCAGCAGCCAACGACCCAAGGGAAGGCAGCAAGGAGAAGUCAGGGCCCACCGCACUGCCUCUGGGAAAGCUGUUUUGGAAGAAGUCAGUUAAAGAGGAUUCACUUUCCACAGGUGCAGAGGAGAAUGCGGUGUGUGAGCCACCAGUAGAAACUGUAAGGUUUGAGGAAGUAGAGCCUGCCUUACAAACUGUGGAUCUCAAUGAAGAAGAGGCCCAGCCUGAACCCACAGAUGUAAAAGUUAAAGAAGAAAACAAACCCCGGAGGACCCCUCUGAUGGCGUUUCUUAGACAAAUGUCAGUGAAAAGGGAUGGAGGGAUCACCCGCUCAGAAGAAAGUAAUGGGAAAGACUCCAGUUGCCAAACGUCGAACUCCACGGAGAAGACGCUCUCGCCUCCAGAACCGGAGCCCGCGCCAACAGCCCAGAAAGGCAAGGAGACCUCCUCGAAGGAGAAGUCAGUGGACAAGAAGUCUGUGGCUGAGACCAACAAACAGAAGAGCAGCAAACAGGAAGCCAGAGAAGCCGCGCAGUGCGCGCAACAGCCCGUGGUGGAGGCCAACUCACCGCAGAGUGGGGACAAGCCCCAAAAGAGGUCCGAGAAGCGGCGACAGUCCCUCGGGGGCUUCCUGAAGGGGCUGGGACCAAAGCGGAUGCUGGAUGCUCAGGUGCAGACGGACCCCGUAUCCAUCGGACCAGUCGGAAAAUCCAAGUGCACAGGGAAGUGUCUGCUCUCCCUUGCCAAGAAGACGUGGCUUUUCCAAGAAUGGAGCUAGUGAGAUGAAAUGUCCACCACUGUGCGCGCAAGUGUAUACAUACACACACACACAUAUACACACAUGCUCGCUCACUCACACUCAUGUGCACAACACGUGUGUGCACACCCUCAAUGAUGCCUUCCAGUUCCUGAUGACAGAAACUUUUUGACUGAUAUCCGUAAAAGAAUUCACUCAAAGGAGCAGCUGUUCCCAGCAGCCCGAGGCCACCCUUGGAUUCAUCCUCUUGAGGAAAGAGCCACAGACCUAAGGAGCUGCCAAAAACAGGGAGUGAAAGAAAGCCAGAGAGGGCACUGGUUUCCUUUGUAGCUCUUUGUAGCUAGAGUUUUCCUGCCUGGCCCACAGUCAGGACAAAUCUCUCUCACCUGCCAGUCCCACAACCACUCAGACCCAACCAAGUAAACACAGAGACUUAUAUUGCUUACAAACUGUAUGGCCGUGGCAGGCUUCUUGCUAACUGUUCUUACAGCUUAAAUUAAUCCAUUUCCAUUAAUCUAUACCUUGCCACAUGACUCGUGGCUUACCGGCAUCUUCACAUGCUGUUUGUGAUCAUGGCGGCUGGCAGUGUCUCCGACUCAGCCUUCCACUUCCCAGAAUUCUUCUCCUCCUUGUCCCACCUAUACUUCUUGCCUGGCCACUGGCCAAUCAGUGAUUUAUUUAUUGACCAACCAGAGCAACACAGCUCUUUGCUCUUUAAACACGGUUCUCUGUGUGUGUGUCUCUCUGUGUGUCUCUCUGUCUCUCUCUGUCUCUGUCUCUCUCUCCCCCUUACUCCCUACCCCCAAACACCAUGCAAACAGUCCAGAUACACUGGGCAGUGGGGAUCUCAUUAAAUUUACAAAGUCCAGAAUUGGCCCCUCUGGCUCCUCCUCAACGAUGCCGAGAAGCCUAGGCCUCUUGGUCCAGGACCUGCAGGUGUGGUCUCUUCCGUCCCGUAGCCCCAAGCUAGUCCUGGGCCUGAAGCAAUAAACCCAGAGCUCAGGAUGCAGCACAGCGAUUCGGUACUGGCCAUUCCCAGCCUUGUGGGAGCAGAGGGGGCAGUGGUGUGGUCAUUACCACAAACGGGAGAGAAAAAUCCUUCCCGGCCUGCCUGCGAGGAAAGUCACCCACCUUCCCACGGUGCAAACCCCGAGACUAGGGACGGAGGCUGGCAGGGCUCGCUUUAACCAACCACCCUCUCCAUGUCCUCUUCAGAGCCGUUUAAGUAAGCACAGUGAAUAGAGUCGGGUCCUUCUCUGGUCGGACUGUGUUCGCGCUGUUGAAAACGGAGCAGCAUGGUCCCCUGAAAAUCACUGCCCGUUAGCAAGAAAAAAAACGGCAGCAAACAACUUCCAAACAUUGAUUAUGGGGGUCUUUGGGCCAGGGCUAGGGAUUGCUUCUCGGGAAGUUGGAAGUUUUGGGCCUCUGUGCGCCACCCAUAAAGCUACCCCUGGCUCCACUGCACCCUGGAGCCUCUAACUUGCCCGGCAGAAGCGAACCACGUGAUUUAACAGAAACAAGGGCCCCUGCUGCCAGACAGGAUCUCACACACAGCCUUCCUAAAGCACUAUCAACUUACGUCUGUGUGUCGGCCCCCAACCCCGACCCCCCCCCCACACCCGCCCCUACACACGUACAAUUAAUUUAACUGCUUCGUUACAUUUUCCUAGGAGCCGAUGGGCAGGAACCUGUAUGGGUUUGUUUCCAAAUGGGUGCUUCCUGACAAAAUGGCCCCAGCUGCACAUCUGGCAAUGGUUGCCUUUGAAGGGCGCUCUUGGGAGAGACUGUCAUUCAAACGCCUUUUACCUAAUCCGACCACAUGGGUGCGCUCCAGGACCUGAGUUCUGCAAACUGACCAAGGCGCUUUCUUCUGUUGCCUCGCCAGGAAAUUGGACCUAAGAAAGGAACAUUAAGAGUCUGUUGAUUAACUUCUAGAAUACAGUCGGGUUUCGUUGGGAGAACUGGAAGAAUUAAGACAAACUGGCCACUUACUAUCUAUGAUCCCACAGCCCUCCGAACCAAGAUGAGCUAGGUAGAUUUUAUGCUCCUUUAUGCUCCACCUGGAAGAACGCUUAAGGAAGAAUGUGGAAUUGCCAAACUUUCAAGCAACCUUGCAGCUUCUGUCAUGCUCCACAGCCUGACCUUACCUCUCACACCGGCUCCCCUCCCCCAACACACCCGAUUAGAGAUCAAAUGAAUUCCCAUCUCUAUUUCCUCCAGCAAUAAAGGGAUAGCAACGGUGAGGGUUACAGGGGUCACAGCUAACAGUGCAGUAGCUAACACACUCUCAGUACUCGGUAAACAACAGCCAUUCCGGCAUAGGAACCCGCAGCAGCAACAGGAGCCCCCUUCUCACAUCAGCUACUAAUACUAGCAAUACUGAUAUUUAUCAUUGCACACAUGGCGUCAUGCCACGGCCUUCGCUCUGGUUCUUGGAGACUUCUGACUGAUAAUGAGAUACACCCUUACAUAUAACAGGUGUGCCAUAGCCUGGCUCUGGUCCCAAAAGGCUUUGCUCUGCCUUGUUCUGUGGGUUAACUUUGGACUAAAACUAGUGGCAGGUGAUAAGUGCCACAGUAGGCAAGGGGAUUAUGGGAUUAUUAUAAUUAGUUUCACCUGAGUGUUUGAGUGAACUCAACCUCGAGAAGGCAGCUUCGAUGACUGCGGUAGUUAACCGUGAACCCCAAACCAACCGCUUCUCCAAAGUCUCUGUUAGCCAUAGGGCCUGUGUGAGCCGAAGCUUAGCCCCCAAAGCAUAGUCCCUGGACUGUAGGUUUCUCCAGAUCAGGACAUUUUUGUGAUUCGUGGACACUGGCGGAUACUCAGUAAAUGUCACUUGAACCGCUAGAUGGAUAGAUAGAUAGAUAUUCCACGACUACUAGCCCUGAGAACAGAUCACCAAAUGCUCGAGAGUGAGCUUUGCUUAGCUCCAAACACCAGGUGGCCCGCUCAGUGGCUCGCAAUGGAUGGCCCUGGGCCAGCAGCCGCAGCAUUGACCGAGGGCUUGAUGGGGCUGUAGAGUCCCCUCCUACUCUAAUCCAGACGCUCUGACCAAAAAUUCCCAGAGUGGGACCCACGCACCUGUGUCCUUACGUAGCCUCCAGGCAGUUCCAGUGUCGAAGAAAAUGUGAAAAACCCUGAGAGAGACCAUAUCCUGAAGUGCCCACCGAGUAUGCGGUCCAAAGACUGGCCCUGAAGGUACACAUUACAAAAGCCGGUACUGACCUUCACUAGAAGCUGGGUACUACUGUGCAGCAAGCAAAUGGCCUUGUUUCCUCCCCAUUUCACAGACGGAAAAACCAUCUGGGCCUACAGAGAGCAAAAGCGCUGUUGUCCAAGGCUGAAACCCAAGCUAAACUAUUAUUUGCAUGUUUUAGAGACGGGGUCUCAUGUGUACUGGGCUGGCCUUGAACUCGUUACGUAGCUGAAACUUCUGCUGUUCCAGACUCUGCCUUCUGAUGUUGGGAUUCCAGAUGUGCGUCACUGCACCUAGUUUAUGUGGCACUGAGGAUCAAACGUGGGGCCUUGUGCAUGGCAGGAAAGCCCUCUACAACUGAGCCACCACCCCGGCCCUGCCAACAGCGGCUCUUAAAGGUCUGUGGGAGACACGGGAAGGAAAAGAAAGGAGACGAUUGUAUGAGGAUGUGACAGCGGGGGACUGAGAGAAAGCACUGUGACAAGGCCACUUGGAUGGAGGGUGGCCCUUUGCAGAGGGGACGGUUGAGCUAAUUCAGGAAGAACGAGGAAGGGCUUGGCCAAGGGUUCCCAGAGGGACAGGAAAGAGAUAGACUGCCCGGAGUGAACUGAGUAGUUCACUAUAGCUGGCCGGCUGGCGGGAUAGCCUGCCUUGGAGGGGCCAGAGGGCAGCACAGAACAGGUCUUCCAGAAGGUGUAGGAGUCUGCCAUAAGAAUUUGAAACUAUCUAUAAGCUGGGAAUACAGUUUCUGUGGCAGACAAUGUGCUUAAACAUGAGCAGGACUCUGAUCCCCAACAUUCAUGCUUCUCCUCUCUCUCUCUCUCUCUCUCCCUCUCUCUCUCUCUCUCUCUCUCUCUCUCUCUCUCUCUCUCUCUCUCUCUCUCCCUCUCUCUCUCUCUCCCUCUCCCUCUCCCUUUCCCUCCCUCCCUCUCUCCUGCCCUCCUUCCCUCUCUCUCAAUAGGCAGCCAUAGAAGAGAUAUGAGCUGCAGGGGUGACAUAAUUAAAUUGGCAUUUUGGCUUCAAGUAGGGCCUAAUAUUCAGCCAGUAUUUGCCACAUGACUAACCAUCCAUCAGAUACUAAUUAAAAAUGCAUCAUUUCUUUUUAAGCUUAGGUAGUGACUAUAAGAAAUAUCCACUUAGGGCCUGGAGAGAUGGCUCAGUGGUUAAGAAUACGUACUGUUCUCACAGAGGACAUGAGUCUGGUUCCCAGCACCCACAUGGGGUGGAUCACAACUGCCUGUAACUACAGCUCCAGGGGAUCGGGCACCCCUUUCUGUCCUCUGGGACACUGUACUCAUACACAUAUGCAAACACACACGUAUACACAUAAUUAAAAAUAAAAUCUUUUUAUGUAAAAAAAAAUCUA